AUGCAAAUGUUUGAUGAUACAAUAAGAGAGUUGCUUAGCAAAAACACAGCAAUUGCAAAAAUUGUAGAUUUAGAAAAACUUUCAUAACAACCUGGAUUUAAGAUUGAAUAAACUAAUAGUUAUAUUUACAUCGGCUAAGUCUAAAAUGGGUUGAAGCAUGGAACAGGUAAUUUGAGAGAUAUCAACAUAGGCAUAUUGAAACUUUUAGACUCAUUUAGAAUUUAUGUAGGAGAAUGGCAAAAUGAUAAAAAGUGUGGGCUUGCGUAUGAAAAAUUUUAAAGUGGAGCUGAAUAUUUCGGCAAUUAUGAUAACAAUAAGUAAAAUGGGUAUGGAGAAUAUGUUUGGGCAAAUGGAGAGAGCUAUAAAGGGAACUGGAUAGAUGGCAAGAAGAGCGGGUAUGGUGAAUGGUUUGGAUAAAAUACUUCGUAUAAGGGUGAAUGGAAUAAUGGUUUUGUUGAAGGAAAAGGAGUGUAUCAAUCUGAAAAUGGUAUUUUUGAGCUCAUAAGUAAGGGGAUUAGUAUACCGGAGACUUUUUAUAAUCAAUGAAGCAUGGAUUGGGAGAAGAAUAAUUUGCAAAUGGAGACAAGUAUGUAGGCAGUUUUAAGAGUGGUAAGCCAGAUGGUUAUGGGGAAUACUACUGGAAAAAUGGAAGUUUAUAUCAAGGUGAAGAUAGAGUUAAUUGUAGGUUUCUUUAUGGAUGGCAUGAGACAUGGCCAUGGUGUCUGGCAAUCUAAUACUCAAGGUAAAAUAGAUAGGUACGAGGGAGCAUAUUCUAACGACAAAAAAUGUGGAUACGGAGAAUUCGUAUGGUCAAAUGAGACAGUAUAUAAAGGGAAUUAUUUUGAUGAUUAUAGAUAGGGUUAUGGAGUGAUGUAUUAAAAUGGAGUUAUUUUUUACAAAGGAGAGUGGGAUAGAGGAAUAUAAGUAGAAAAAUCUAACACAUAAUUUAAGUUUUAAUAGAAAAUGAAAACUCAAGAAACCACAGCCAGAAAAUGGAAGUUCAAUAAUAUUGAUGAAAUCUAAGAAUUAGAGGAAGAAACAGUAACAUCAGGGGUGGAAGGAAAAAAUGAGAAUAAUCAAAAAAUAACCUAAAAGAAUCCUCAACAAUGUCGGAUGAAAACCUUAAACGUAGAGAGCAAGCCUUAAAAUAGUGAUUUUACACCAAUGAAAAGGAGUCUUUAAUUAUAGAAAAAAGCUACACCUGCAAUUCAAACCAGAAGCAGAACCUAAUCAAUGGGUAAUUGCAAAAUCCCUCUUUUAUCAUAAAAAUAAAGAUCAAAUUCGAAUUAAAUUACUAACAACUAAAAACUUGAGCAACUGGUUAAAUUUUCCCCUUAUAAGCAAACGCUUAAAAUUGGAAGAUUUAAAUUAUAGAAAAUAUAAUUAUGA